CGCAGGUUCGGGUAUGCCAACAAUCUUAAAUAAAAAAUUCUAUCCUAAAGAUCAAAAUGAGUUCGGAAUCCGGCCAACAAGAUGUUGAGUCGAAGCCAAAAACGGUGGCAGACCGCAAUGCUGGUCACGAAUACGAGGAAGUGCUUCAGUUAAUCGGUUUCGGAAAAGUGCAAUGGGUGGUCCUUAUUGCGGCAGGACUUCUGCUGAUGAUGGUCAUUAACGAGACCAUGGGCAUGUCCUACAUCACCAUUGUAUCCCAGUGUGAUUUUAACACUAAUUCCAUGGAUAAAGCUAUUAUGAGUGCUGCUAGUUUUAUUGGCAUAUUCUGUUCUUCCUACUUUUGGGGUUACCUAAGUGACACUAUAGGUCGACGGCCAAUAUUGCUAUACACUACGGUAGCCGGAAAUGUAUUGUCUUUGUGCUCCACAGUAAUUCCCAGUUACUGGCUCUACGUCUUUGUCCGGUUUGGUGUUGGAUUCUUCAUUGCAGGAGCAUCUUCAACAACCUAUGCGUAUCUUGGCGAGUUCUUUACCCCUCGUCAUCGGCCAAUUGCCAUUAAUUAUGCCAGUCUUUUCGUGGGAAUAUCUACGGUUUAUGUUCCAGCCACCGCUUGGUUGAUACUUUCAAUGGAUUGGAGUAUAAGUGUGACGGAUGACUUCUCCUUCCGUCCUUGGAGGUUACUAACAAUUUGCUACUUGCUGCCUGGUGUUGUGGGAACAAUCAUGUUAUGGUCCCUUCCCGAAAGUCCCAAGAUCCUACUUUCUCUGCGUAAAAAUGAAGAGGCUUUUGCGGCAGUUGAUUGGAUUGCAGUUACAAAUUCGGGAAAGCACUUACACGAAUUCAAGGUUCAUAAACUGAAAACCGAAGCCAAUACGGAUGGAGAAAAUAUAUUACUCAUAUCAAAAUCAGCGAUUACAACCAUUAAGAAGAUGUGGAAAGAAACUAUGCCUCUUCUGAAGAGACCUCAUCUAGUAAACUUCAUUAUUAGUUGUACUAUUAUGUGCGGUUUAUUUUUCAGUUCCUCAGGAAUGGGUCUCUGGUAUCCAGAAAUACAAAAUCGUUUGGGCUCAAACGUUGCUGAAGAUUCCAUGACAGUGUGUCAGGUUAUUGAUGCAUCAAUAGAUCAAAUGCAAGCCAAUACAACCAAUAAGAUUUGUGAUGAUCAUAUUAACACCAAGAGUUAUAUAGACACAAUAACCUAUGGAUCGGCCUUAAUAGUAGGGUAUAUACUAAUGGGUCUGGUUAUAAACACUAUUGGUCGCAAAGCUUCAAUUUCGAUUGGUCUUACAUUAGCCGGAGCUUGUGCUGUUGCACUUAUCUUUAUCAAAGAUGAAGUGGUAAUUGUGGUUUGCUUCUGUUUAUAUCUGGUACUGCCCGGACUUUGUGUAUCCAUUCUGAGUGGUGCUGUCGUAGACCUAGUUCCGACACAUCUUCGUGGAAAAGCUGUUUGUAUAUGCCUAAUGCUGGGUCGUACGGGCAGUGUCUUUGGAAGUAAUAUCAUCGGAAUACUCUUGGAGUCAUAUUGCUCUCUUACUUUCGGGGUAUUCUCCGGAUUUGUUUUGGUUUGUGCGAGUUUAACGUUGCUGUUGCCCAUUUGAGAUUUGCCAUAAUAACUUAAGUAGCUUAGUUUUAUUUAUGUACCAUUUCAAUAAAUAUCUUAAUUUAAGAAGUAAAUUUUAUAUUACAUUGACGUAUAAAGACACAAAAAAAGUAAUUAGCAUUAACUUUUACUCUUUUUUGUGCA